AUGGUACAAGAGGAACCGUUACACAUACAGAAUCCCACUGCAGGGAGUGGAGGGGGCGUGGGUGCUGCUCAGCUCUUCGUGAAGUACUGUGCUGACGACUUGCCCCUAGGGCUCGGACCUUACGUCAACCCCAAUGACGUUCAGGCCUCCAACGGGGCGCUUCCAGGUAGUCCUUGCUUGGUCGAGACCAAACUCCACGACCAAAGUGAUUCUCAGAAGCAUGAUUCAGCGGAGGUGAGGAAAGAUGCCGGCAUCAAGAAAGCAGCGCAGCAGCACCUGCCAAACAGCAAAGUUCCUACCACUAAUAAUCCAGCCAAAAAGCAGCAGCCUAAGCUGAAGCUGUCAGCACUGUCCUCCGCUAAGAACAAGCACCUGUUAGCUGGUAAGGGGCCCAAAGGAACCCAACAACACGCCCUAGGGAAGAAGCUCCACCAGAGAGGCAACAUGCACAAGAUGGACGAAAUGAAAGCCAAACAAGUCAUCGUGUCCUUGAAAAGCAGAGAUUACCUGACGUGGCCGCGGCGGUCCGGUCAAAAACACUGCCUGGAAAGCGUCCUUCCUGGUAUGUCGCCGGGGCGACGAUUACAACCAAACCGUCUAACUCACGUGGCCGACACCCAACCACAACCCCAGUUUGGCUGGACACCAUGUAAACGUGCCAAUCCUCAGAAGGAGACAUCGGAGGAGGAGAAGGAGGAGGAGCAAGACGAGCCUAAAGUGAAGAAGCCAGACAAGAGUCUUCAGAAACAGAGAAGCAGGAACGUCAGCAGAAGCAUCUCCGUGGAGGAACCACAGCUCUUCAUCCCCGACAACGCUCCUGCCGUCGUGAAGAAGGAAACCAGUGAAGAAGAACAGGCUAAAGAAUCUGGGAAGGGACCAGACAAGGAACCUGCAAAUAGUGAGACCGUUGUGUGGGAUCCAAACAAGAACUGUGGAUUGUGCAAUAAACCACAUAGUAACAAGUUCAUGGUGGGCUGUGGGCACUGUGAUGACUGGUUCCAUGGGGACUGUGUUGGUCUGGACCUGGCCAAGGUGAAGCAGAUGGAAGGGGGGGGGACCAGGAGUAUGUCUGUCUGCAGUGCUGUACCAAGGACCAGUACACCACCACCAAGGAGCCAGGCGGUGCUGUGCAGGGGGGAGGCCAGGGCAGAGGGACAGCAGAAGCCCUCUGAGACCCAGGACAACAAGAUGGCCGCCAAGCAGAAACAGCCGUCCCCACAUCCUGUCACCUCCGGGGAGUCAGGCCCUUCAGAAAGGACUCUGUGGAAAGAAGACAGUCGACUGAAGUAAAAGAUUCUACGCAGAAAUCAGGUGUGUUGUGUGCUUCUACAUUCUGCUGUCCAUGUCCCUCACAGGAGUCGUGCUCAGUAGGCAUGAAAC